AUGCAGAAGAGCACGGCAAGAAUUUUUGGCAGUGAAUUAGGAACAACAUCGUACAGACUUGGUGUUGCAUCUAUAGACAAGUCAAAGGAUAAAAGGAUGUUAAAAUAUUUAGUACAAAUGGCUGCGAAGCUUACUGAGAGACUCAACAUGAUGGACGAAUAA